UUCAAGAUAUUAGCUGACUGUGAUUAAUAAUGUUAUCAUGAUUUAAUUUCCCGAGUUGUUCUACACUCAAAGUAAUCAUUGAAAACCACUCAGGUUUAAAGUGUUAAUUCAGUGUGAUAUUGGUGAUACCUUGUACCCUACUAGAUUCAGAAAUGUGUAAUGGCUGCUGUGGAUGCUGCAGUGCCUUCCGACCAAGGUAUAAGAGGCUUGUUGAUAAUAUAUUUCCUGUAUACCCUCAAGAUGGACUGGUCAAAUCUAACAUGGAGAAACUCACCUUCUAUUCACUCAGUUCUCCAGAAAAACUGGACCGCAUUGGAGAAUAUCUGUAUCAGAGAGCAGCAAGAGAUAUUUACCGGAAAAAAUAUGGAUUCGUUAUUAUUGCAAUGGAAGCAAUGGAUCAACUCCUGUUGGCUUGCCAUGCACCGACAUUGAAUUUGUUUGUUGAAAGUUUCUUGAAAAUGGUACAAAAGUUGCUGGAAUCCACAGAACCAGAACUGCAGAUUUUAGCUACUACAUCAUUUGUGAAAUUCGCAAAUAUAGAAGAAGAUACUCCUUCUUAUCAUCGACGAUACGACUUUUUUGUUAGUAAAUUCUCUGCUAUGUGUCAUAGUGGGGAAAGAGAUGAAAUAAGAGACAAAAUUCGUACAGCUGGAAUAAAAGGCCUACAAGCAGUUGUUAGAAAAACUGUAUCUGAUGAUCUGGUUGAAAACAUUUGGGAAUCCGUUCAUAUGGAUAAAAUUGUGCCUAGUCUACUAUUCAACAUGCAGGAAUCUGGCUUUCACAAAAAGGAAUCCAACAAUAUUGACGUUACUUCAGAAGAUGCAUUAGAUCCUCCCAUGUUGGCAGAGACAUGUUUGAGGGAGCUAGUUGGAAGAGCUUCAUUCGGUCACAUAAGGGCUGUUUUGAGGCCUGUAUUCAAACAUUUUGAUCUUCAUACUCUAUGGGUUCCUAAUGAUUUCGCCAUACACACGUUCAGGAUCAUCAUGUUUUCCAUUCAGGCGCAAUACUCCUAUACCGUGGUAGAAACACUCAUGGCCCAUUUAGAUGAUAAUGCAAAAUCUAGUGCAACUAUUAGAACAAACAUUGCUGGUGUUUUAUCUAAAAUAAUAGCUAUUGCCGCUGGCGAAAGUGUCGGUCCAUCAGUCCUGGAAAUCAUCAAUUCACUUCUGAGCCACCUAAGGGAUUCGGUGAGAAAUGAAGCGAGCCAACUUGAAGAGAAGCAAUACCAAGAGGCACUCAUCAAUGCUCUUGGAGAAUUUGCAAAUCAUCUUCCCGACUAUCAGAAAAUCGAAAUAAUGAUGUUCAUCAUGAGCAAAAUACCAUUUCCUCUCGUCGACAACCAUUCUCCGGCCGAUAAUUUAUUGCAAAGCAUUCUAUUGAAAAGUUUAUUGAAGGUUGGUACCAAGUACCAAACCAUUCAUCUGAACACAACCUUCCCAGUUUCAUUUUUGGAGCCACUUCUGAGGAUGUCUUUAGCGCCUGAUCCUGAUAUGAGGUUGCUCGUUCAGAAAAUUCUUCAUACUCUCAUUGAUAGACAUAAUAACCUGGAAAAACUCUCUAAACCCACGGUCAAUAUUUUUGAUUUGGAACUUGUGUUGGAAAAAUCUUCCAGACCAGAUCUAAUAUUCAUCAACAAACAUGGACCUAUAAUUUAUGAUGCUCUAUAUACUAGUCUACAAAUGGACACGAAUACUCCUGAGAAUAUUGAGGCUGUCUACACAACCCUAGCUCUUCUUUGUGUAGAAUUGGCCAGUGUUGAAACUGUUAUAGAUUUAUUGCAGCUAAUAUUAGGGAUCCAGAGCCUUUCAUUAAAUAGCACAUUGCUAUCCAACGCCCAGAAAUUCAACUUGCAUGCUAUCGUUAUCAGUUUGUUGGCACUUAUUCCUACUAUUGUCAGUAUCAAACCUUUGGCCGACUAUGCUUGUCAAAUUAUCGAACAGAGGAAACAAGAAGCUCCACAUUUGCUGCCUGACUUGUUCUCUCACUAUCCAACUAACAGUGAAGUAGCCAACAAACUUCCGCAUCUGCUAAUUGAUCAGAUGGCGAUAUGCGAGUACGUCAAAGCCGGCGGAUUGGACCCGUCCAGACUGCAGCAGACGUCUCCUUAUGGAGCGGGCGGUCCCGGUUUCGUGACGGGAACACAGCGCAACAGCUGGAUAGAGUCUGGGGCUCGAGGGAGCAUCAUCGACAUACAGACCUCGGAAGUGGACAGUGCGUGCAGUUCACCAGGAGUGCAAAAGAAAUAUACUGAUGAGGAGUUGACUUUCGAGAGCAUGAAGAAGGUACUGACAGAACCGCCAGAAGUUCGCAAAGAAGCUGAAGCUGAAAGGAGGAAAGUGUUGAGUCACACCUUCAGAACAGCAACGUUCUCAGAGUUGGUACGGAGAACUCAACCAAAGCAUGAUGUUCUACAGACAAAACUAAACGAGAUAUUCAAUUCGCUGAACAGCAACGAAAAUCGGAGUCCCAUCGAUGAGAAGAAAGCUGCGGUACCUGCAUACGAACAGAAUUUCCCGGAGUUAUUUUAUUACUAAACAAACCAGGUACACCUGUAGACAUUUGUUAUUUCUCUGAUAUUCCUAAUAUUUGUAGUGAUUCUCGAAUUUGAAUAUUCCUCUUAUUAACAAUGUGGACAUACGUUUCAGAUAUUGUUAAAAGGAAUAUUUCAUUGCCUGUUUUUAUAUGAGUAAAACUCAAAUCG